UUUCAAGAAGAACAAUGCUUGUCUCAAGGGGAAUUCUCUCCAGCACGCUCACAGAAUCACUGACAGUGGUGCCGUGUUUCUCCUCGGAGUGAGGCAUCAGCUCGGAUACACACGAUCUUCACGUUACAUUGAGUUAGCCGGACCCAGUCUGCUGAUGCUGCCGCGGCCGCCGCUGUCCUCACACCUGCCUGCUCUCCUCCGUCCACUGCUGAAGACAAGCUACAGUACCAUGGCACCUGGAAGGAACAACAGGGUGUUUGUCAUCGGUGUGGGCAUGACAAAGUUUGAUAAGCCUGGAGCCAGAGGUGACUAUGAUUACCCUGAUAUGGCCAAGGAAGCAGGUGAAAAGGCUCUUGCAGAUGCAGGAAUCCCAUAUUCUUCUAUUGAACAAGCCUGCGUAGGAUACGUUUAUGGGGACUCCACAUGUGGGCAGCGGGCCAUUUACCAUAGCUUGGGCCUGACCGGGAUCCCCAUCAUCAACGUCAACAACAACUGCUCCACUGGCUCCACGGCUCUCUUUAUGGCACGCCAGAUGGUUAGGGGAGGUCUUGCUGACUGUGUGCUCGCUCUCGGGUUUGAGAAGAUGGAGAGGGGCUCUUUGAGCGCCAAGUUUAUGGACAGAACCAAUCCCAUGGACAAGCACAUGGAGGUGAUGAUCAACCGCUACGGGAUUGCGGCAGCUCCAGCAGCACCACAGAUGUUUGGAAACGCCGGCAGGGAGCACAUGGAGAAAUAUGGCACAAAACCAGAACACUUUGCCAAAAUUGCCUGGAAAAACCACAAGCAUUCCAUCAACAACCCAUAUUCCCAGUUCCAGGAUGAGUACAGUUUGGAGCAAGUGAUAAACUCCAGGAAGGUGUUUGAGUACCUGACUUUACUGCAGUGUUGCCCUACGUCAGAUGGUGCCGGGGCAGCAGUUUUAGCCAGUGAGGCCUUCGUCACGAAGCAUCACCUGGAGAACCAGGCAGUCGAGAUAGUGGCCCAAGAGAUGGUGACUGACUUGUCCUCCACAUUUGAAGAAAACAGCUGCAUUAAGAUGGUGGGAUAUGACAUGUCGCGUUUGGCUGCCAAAAAGUGUUUUGAAGCAGCGGGUCUGAAGCCCAGUGACGUUGACGUGGUAGAGCUGCACGACUGCUUCUCAGCCAACGAGCUCAUCACGUAUGAGGCUCUGGGACUGUGUCCAGAGGGUAAAGCAGGAGAGCUGAUUGACAGAGGGGACAACACGUACGGAGGCAAGUUCGUGAUCAACCCCAGCGGUGGUCUCAUCUCUAAAGGACAUCCUCUGGGAGCCACAGGUCUGGCCCAGUGUGCAGAGCUGUGCUGGCAGCUCAGAGGGAAGGCUGACAGGAGGCAGGUCUCAGGGGCCAAAGUGGCCUUGCAACACAACAUUGGCUUAGGAGGAGCUGUGGUUGUCACUCUCUAUAGGAUGGGAUUUCCUCAGGAGGCCAGUUCCUACAUUGGUGCGGUUCCCACCCGCUCUGGCAGCAGUCUGGAGGGGUUUAAAGCUUACCCUGUCUUCAAAGAGAUCGAAAACCAUCUACAGAAGGAGGGAGAGCAGCUUAUCAAGAAAAUUGGUGGAGUGUUUGCCUUUAAAGUGAAGGACGGUCCAGGUGGGGAGGAGGCGACUUGGGUCGUGGAUGUUAAAAAUGGCAAAGGUUCUGUCUCCAAUGACCCAGAUAGAAAGGCAGACUGCACCUUUUCCAUGAGUGACGAGGAUCUUCUGCAUCUGAUGACAGGACAGAUGAACCCACAAACGGCAUUCUUCAAAGGGAAACUGAAGAUCACGGGGAACAUGGGCAUGGCUAUGAAGCUACAGAACCUCCAAAUCGCGCCAGGCAAGGCCAAGCUGUGAGACCUGGAGUAAGCUUUUGUCCUCCAAGUAUUAUUCGAGGAAAACAUUUGUUGCAGAAUGUGAUCCCUCCUGAAUUUGCUAAUCAACAAACUCAUGGAAUACUUUGGUAGCAUAUGUAUGAUUUUGAAAUACAUAGUUUCAAAUUUCAGCUGCUACUUUGAUAUCCUCGGACAUACAGUGUUUAUAAUAUUCAUGUUGUUCUUUAAGUCUGAUUUCUAUUCUGAAACACCUAGUGAGUCUGUAGGAACUGUGUAUGUAUAACAUCGGUGCAAGUUGUUGCCUCUCUGUGUUUGAUUUGUCAUGUCACAAAACGGUCAAUGUGCCUCAAAUUUCUAUUAAAUCAAGCUGUUCUUUUAAAGCUAUUUUUGGCCUCCAUCCACCAUAAUGUAUGAAAUAUAUAACUGUAAAUGAUAGCGCUUAUAUAAUUUUUAGAGAAUAAAUAAUUUUCUGACAAUAA